CAGGAGGGCCGGGAGCCAGGCCGAGCGCCUGCCCAGGACAGAAGCCCCGCGCCACCGCGGAACAGCAGUCGGCCGCCUGUCUCACUGCCCUGCCACCUCGGUGCGCGACGGGCCCGCCGCCCCUGCCCGCCAUGCACUCGCUCUUCAGGAAGAGGAACAAAGGCAAAUACAGCCCCACCGUGCACACCAAGAGCAUUUCCAACAAGGAGCUGUCGGAGCUUAUCGAGCAGCUGCAGAAGAAUGCGGACCAGGUGGAGAGGAACAUCGUGGACACGGAGGCCAAGAUGCAGAGCGACCUGGCCCGGCUGCAGGAGGGCCGGCAGCCUGAGCACCAGGACGUGGUCCUGCAGAAGGUGUCAGACUCAGAGAAGUUGUUGUACGUGCUGGAGGCGGACUCGGCCAUCGCCAAGCACAUGAGGCACCCGCAGGGGGACAUGAUCGCAGAGGACAUCCGGCAGCUGAAGGAGCGUGUGGCCAACCUGCGUGUGAAACACGGGCAGGUCUACAACCUGGCGGUGAAGGAGGUGGACCCACAAGUCAACUGGGCAGCGCUGGUGGACGAGAAGCUGGACAAACUGAGCAGCCAGGGAUUUGGGACAGACCUGCCGCUGGUGGACCACCAAGUGGAACAGCACAAUAUCUUCCACAACGAGGUCAAGGCCAUCGGGCCCCACCUGACCAAGGAUGGGGGCAAGGAGCCGAGCAGUGAGCUCCAGGACAAGUAUCAGAAGCUGCUGGCGGCGUCGCAGGCGCGGCAGCAGCACCUGAGCUCGCUGCAGGACUACAUGCAGCGAUGCACCAACGAGCUGUAUUGGCUGGACCAGCAGGCCCAGGGCCGCGUGCAGUACGACUGGAGCGACCGCAACCUCGACUACCCCAGCCGCCGCCGCCAGUACGAGAAUUUCAUCAACCGCAACCUGGAGGCCAAAGAGGAGCGGAUCAACAAGCUACACAGCGAGGGGGACCAGCUGCUGGCCGCAGAGCACCCCGGGAGGAACUCCAUCGAGGCACACAUGGAGGCUGUGCAUGCAGACUGGAAGGAGUAUCUGAACCUGCUUAUCUGCGAGGAGAGCCACCUCAAGUACAUGGAGGACUACCACCAGUUCCACAGAGAUAUGAGGGUCGCCCAGGAGCUGCUGCACAAGGUGGACUCGGACCUGAACCAGAAGUACAGCCCCGACUUCAAGGACCGCUACCAGAUCGAGCUGCUGCUGCGAGAGCUGGACGACCAGGAGAAGGCACUGGACAAGUACGAGCAGGUGGUGCGGGGCCUGCAGACGCGGGGGCAGCAGGUGGUGCCCCUCAAGUACCGCCGGGAGACCCCACUCAAGCCCAUCCCCGUAGAGGCACUCUGCGACUUCGAGUGUGAGCAGGGCCCAAUUUCCAGGGGUUACAGCUACACGCUUCAGAAGAACAACGGGGAGACCUGGGACCUCACCGACAGUGCCGGGAACAAGCUCACCGCCCCCGCCAUCUGCUUCAUGAUCCCCCCUACUGACCCUGAGGCCCUGGCGCUGGCUGACAGCCUGGGCAGCCAGUACCGGAGUGUGCGGCAGAAGGCGGCCGGGAGCCGGGACGCCCUGCAGCAGCGCCUCGAGGUGUUGAAGGCAGAGAACAUCGGAGACGCCUCGGACCUGCAGGGGCGGCAGCUGCUGGCCAGCCUGGACAAGGUGGCCAGCGACCUGGACCGGCAGGAGAAGGCCAUCACGGGGGUCCUGCGGCCACCGCUGGAACAGAGCCGGGCUGUGCAAGACAGUACCGAGCGUGCCGAGGCGCUCAAGCACCUCGCGCAGGAGCUGCUGCAGCUGGAGCCCGAGGUGAUGCGCUGCAGGGCCGAGUGUGAGGCCUUUGUGCAGGCCCUCCCGGCCUGCAGCAGCGCACCCCUGCUGAGGUCUCGCGCCGAGGAUACCAGCAGCAGAUACCAGCGCCUGGGCCAGUUGCUGGACGCCACCAGAGAGAAGGUGGACACCGCCAACCACCUGGAGAAGAGCCUGCAACAGGGCUGGGAGGUGCUGGCCAUGUUUGAGAACCAGCUGACCCGGGAGGAUGUGAUGCCUGAGAACGGCCGUGACCUGGACGCCAAGAUGCAGCAGCUGGCGACCCUGGCCCCGGAGCUGCAGUCUCAGAAGCCCCUUCUUGAGAAGGUGGAACAGAACCUGCAGGCUGCCAAGCAGUGCUCCGGCCUGCUGGCCAGCCGCUUCCAGGAGCACUGCCCCGACCUGGAGCGCCAGGAGGCCGAGGCACACAGGCUGGGCCAGCGCUUUGACAACCUCCGCCAGCAAGUGGAACGCAGGACGCAGAGCCUGCAGAGCGCCAAGGCCGCCUACACUGACUACCACCGCGGCCGUGAGCACGUCCUCCACUUCCUCCAUGGCAUCCCCAGCUAUGAGCCGCAGGAGACGGACAGCCUCAGCCAGGUAGAGACCAAGCUGAAGAACCAGAAGAACCUGCUGGGUGAAAUCGCACAAAGGGAGGAGGAAGUACAGAAAGUCUAUGCGCACGCCCAGCAGUACCAGCAGGCCGUCAAGGACUACGAGUUAGAAGCAGAGAAACUAAGGUCCCUUCUAGACUUGGAGAAUGGGAGGAACAGCCACUCAAGCAAGAGAGCCAGGCUGCAAUCUCCUGCCGCCAAAGUGAAGGAGGAGGAAGCGGCUCUGGCUGCCAAGGUCACUGAGGUGAACGCCGUCAACAGGCAGAGGCUACAGAACCUGGAGUUUGCACUCAACCUCCUGAGACAGCAGCCGGAGGCGGGCGUGGCCCACGAGAGCCUGCAGGGGAGCAGGCCGGGCUCCAGCGCGGAGGAGGCGUGGAAGCUCCAGAAGGAGCUGGAGGAGGAGACGGAGCGCAGGCAGCAGCUGGAGGGCGAGGCCCAGAGUGCCCGCGAGGAGGUCCGGGAGCUGCGGCAGCGGAGCCCCCAGGAGGCGGUGGUGAGGAAGGAGGUGCUGAAGAAGGUGCCGGACCCGGCGCUGGAGGAGAGCCUGCAGCAGACGCAGCGCAGCCUGGCGGCAGAGCAGCACAAGAACCGGCUGCUGCAGGAGGAGCUGGAGGCGCUGCGGCUGCGGCUGCGCGGGCUGGAGCAGGAGGCCCGGGACGGCGGCCAGGAGUACGUGGUCAAGGAGGUCCUGCGCAUCGAGCCCGACCGGGCCCGGGCCGACGAGGUGCUGAGGCUGCGGGAGGAGCUGGAGGAGCUGAGGCGGCAGAAGGGCGCCCGGGAGGCCGAGGCGGCCCUCCUGCAGCAGCGAGUCGCGGCCCUGACGGAGGAGAAGAGCCAGGCGCGGGAGAAGCUGGUGGAGAAGGAGGUGGUGAAGCUGCAGAACGACCCGCAGCUGGAGGCGGAGUACCGGCAGCUGCAGGAGGCCCAGCGGCGGGAGGGCCGGCUGCGCCAGAAGCAGGAGGAGGAGCUGAGCUUCCUGCAGGACAAGCUCAAGCGGCUGGAGAAGGAGCGGGCCAUGGCGGAGGGCAAGAUCACCGUCAGGGAGGUCCUCAAGGUGGAGAAGGACACGGCCGCCGAGAGGGAGGUGGGCGAGCUCCAGCGCCAGUACGGGGAUGAGGCCUCGCGGGCUCGUGCCCACCAGCGGGAGAAGACGGAACUGCUGCGCAGGAUCUGGGCCCUGGAGGAGGAGAACGCCAAGGUGCAGGUGCAGGAGAAGGUGCGGGAGAUCGUGCGGCCCGACCCCCGGGCCGAGAGCGAGGUGGCCGACCUGCGGCUGGAGCUGGUGGAGCAGGAGCGCAGGUUCCGGGGGGCCGAGGAGCAACUGCAGAGCUACCAGGCCGAGCUGGAGGCCCUGCGGAGGCGGGGGCCCCAGCUGGAGGUCAAGGAGGUGACCAAGGAGGUCAUCCGCUACACCACAGACCCCGAGGUGGAGAAGGAGCUGCAGCGGCUGCGGGAGGAGAUCGUGGACAAGACCCGCCUCAUCGAGCGCUGCGACCUGGAGAUCUACCAGCUCAAGCAGGAGAUCCAGGCCCUGAAGGACAGCAAGCCCCAGGUGCAGACCAAGGAGGUGGUGCAAGAGAUCCUGCAGUUCCAGGAAGACCCCCGCACCAAGGAGGAAGUGGAGGGGCUGCGGGCACGACUGGCGGAGGAGCAGAAGAGGCAGGUGGACCUGGAAAGGGAGCGGGCCUCGCAGGAGGAGCGGGUGGCGCGCAAGGAGGAGGAGCUGUCCUGCGUGAGGGAGAAGGUGGUGCAGCAGGAGGUGGUCCGCUUCCAGGAGGAGCCGGGCCUGCGUGCCGAGGUGGACGCCUUCGCCGAGAGCAUCGACGCGGAGCUGCGGCAGAUCGACGUGCUGCGCGGGGAGCUGCGGAGGCUGCAGCGGCGCCGGGAAGAGCUGGAGCGGCAGCUGGAGGAGCUGGAGCAGGAGAGGCAGGCGCGCCGGGAGGCCGAGCUGGAGGUGCAGCGGCUCAAGCAGCGGCUGGCGGAGCUGGAGGAGGAGGAGGAGGGCGAGGCCCGAGAGAGGGUGACCCGCAAGCAGAAGGUGGUGCUACAGCCUGACCCGCAGCAGGUCCGGGAGCACGGGCUGCUCAAGCUGCAGCUAGAGGAGGAGCGGCACCGGCGCCAGGUCCUGGAGAGCGAGCUGGAGACCCUGAGGAAGACGCUGGGCCACCUGGAGAAGCUGGAGGUCAAGGAGAAGGUGGUCUUCUCCGAGAGCGUGCAGGUGGACAAGGGCGACACGGAGCAGGAGAUCCGCAGGCUCAAGAGCAGCCUGGAGGAGGAAGGCCGGAGCAAGAGGGAGCUGGACGCGGAGGUGAGCCGGCUGCAGGCCAAGCUGUCCGAGCUGGAGUUCUCCAACUCCAAGUCAUCCAAGGAGCUGGACUUCCUCCGGGAGGAGAACCACAGGCUCCAGCUGGAGCGGCAGAACCUGCAGCUGGAGACGCGGCGGCUCCAGUCGGAGAUUGAGCUGGCGGCGACGGAGACGCGGGACCUGAGGACCCUGCCGGCGGCGGACUCCGGGACCAACCUGGACUCCCGGGUCUGGUCCCUGCAGCGGGAGCUGGACGACCUCAAGCAGCUGUCCCGGGACAAGGACCUGGAGAUUGACGAGCUGCAGAAGCGUCUGGGCUCCGUGGCCGUCAAGCGGGAGCAGCGUGAGAACCACCUUCGCCGCUCCAUCGUGGUCAUCGACCCCGACACGGGCCGAGAGCUGUCCCCGGAGGAGGCCCGCCGGGCCGGGCUCAUUGACUGGAGCAUGUUCGUGAAGCUACGCAGCCAGGAGUGUGACUGGGAGGAGAUCUCGGUCAAGGGGCCCAACGGCGAGUCCUCGGUGAUCCACGACCGCAAGUCCGGCAAGAAGUUCUCCAUCGAGGAGGCCCUGCAGAGGGGGCGGCUGACACCCGCCCAGUACGAGCGCUAUGUCAACAAGGAGAUGUCCAUCCAGGAGCUGGCGGUCCUGGUGUCUGGGCAGAAGUAGCACAGCCCGCCCUCCCCCCGUCUCCACUGCCCUCCUCCUGGGUGUCUUCUCCCUGCCCACCAUCAGGCUGCGCAGGACACAGGUCAGCUGCCAGCAGAACAGGACAGGCACAGCCCCCAAUCAGCCCAGGUGCCCGGCUCCUUCCACCUUCCCCUCUCCUGCACGCUCCUGCCCACUCGGUACAUGCCAGCUGGAAGCGACCUGCAGCCCGGGACGGGCACUGCCAGCUGUGACACGACCCAUGGAUGACUGUGCUGAGACCUUUCUGCCUUCCCCAUCGUGGACACUGGGUCCUGGGGGCUGCCUACCUGAAAGCCCCACCCCAGGACUCUGGCUGAAGCCCGACUUCACAUCAGAGGUCUCCCUCUGCCAGACCAGACCUUACACGGAGUGGCUGAAAGGUGGAGAAGGUGCCUUCGGGCAUCUGCUUCUGCAAGGCCCUGUUUCCUGUGUAGACUGUGCAGCCGGACCAGUCCCGCUCGUCUCCUCCUUGGUAAUUAGGUAAAUGAAACAGCUGAUUUUUCACCAAGAUCUUGGGUUCUCUGUAUCUCGUGUAUCAUGUAAGAAAAUGGGAAUAGGGAACUCUAUUUAUAGCAUAAAAAUAAACCCCUGGUGGCUUGA